AUGGAAGUUGAUGAUGGGGAACGGGAGCUGAUGGCAAAAGAAGCAUCAAUGGGGAUGGAUGGGGACCGAAGUCACAUGAUGGACAGGAUAAUAAACCUCACCCUGGAGAUCAUCUACCUGCUGACCGGAGAGGGUGAGGACCUGACUGAUGUCAAAGUUGAGAUUGAGGAGGAAAAUGAAGAAGUUUAUGUAGGAAGUGAUCCGCACUCUACGGGGGAGACAGAUGGACACAAUGCUUGGAUCAGGAAUACUUCUGAGGGACAUCUUAUUCCAUCUCCAGAUGAUGACAUCACACAACCUUCUCCAGGAUUACUCUCUGGUAUACAAAGUAUAACUGAUGGAUCUCAGUAUGUGGAGAGGACAGUUGAUGCCUCUAAUCCUCAGGAGUCUUCUGAUGGAUCACGUUCCUCCAGUAUCUACACACAACAUCUGAAAAGUGAGACUACAUCUCUAGCUUGCCAUCCGUCUGAUCCAAGCGAGUCCUCUUCACAUGAUGAUGUCAAGCUGAGCGAGAAGAGAUUUCCCUGCUCUAAAUGUGAAAACUGUUUCACCUCAAGUUCACUCCUUGCAGCACAUGAGCCGCAGCACGGCGACGAGAAUCCAUUUUCAUGUUCAGAGUGUGGGAAAAGUUUUAAAUGGAGAUCUGAACUUGCGAGGCAUCAAAUGUAUCACGCGGGAACGCGGCCCUAUUUGUGUUCAGAGUGCGGGAAAUCUUUCAGGCACAAAUCCCACCUUGUCCGUCACGUGAGAAAACACACGGACGAGCGGCCCUAUUGCUGCUCGGAGUGCGGGAAGCGUUUUAGGCAGGAGACUCAUCUGAAGUCGCAUCAUAGGGUCCACACGGGCGAGACUCCUUUUUCAUGCUUGGAGUGUGGGAAGUGUUUCAACCGCAAGCAUCAUCUUAUUAUUCAUCAGAAGACGCACACGCGGGAAAUGCCGCACAGCUGUACGGAGUGUGGCAAGGAUUUUAUGCAGAAAGAUUCGCUCAUCAAACACCGGCGAGCCCACAAUGGAAGGUGUGCAGAGGAGGGUGAGAACGUCAUCGAGCAACAUACCCGACGGAAGCUUCCCGUAGAGCAGAGUUCAUUGUUGUGUUCAGAGUGUGGGAAGUGCUUUCAAACCAAAUCUGAUCUUCAGAUCCAUUGGAGAGGACACACCGGUGAGGAGAUCUUUUCAUGUGCGGAGUGCGAUAAAUUCUUCUUAAAGAAAUGGCUGCUCAUUAGACACCAGAGGGUCCACACUGGUGAGAAGCCCUUUUCAUGUUCUGAGUGUGGGAAAUGUUUCUCACAGAAAGGGAGCCUCAAUGACCACAUGAAAGUCCACACUGGCGGAAAGCCAUUUUCCUGCCAAGAUUGCGGGAAAAGUUUCACCCAAAAAGCAGUACUCAUCCUACAUCAGAGAAUUCACACAGGUGAGCGCCCUUUCUCAUGUGUGGAGUGCGGGAAAUGUUUCAGUCAUAAAAGGCAGCUACUUAAACACAAGCGAUCUCACACGGCGGCUCACAAUUUUCCGUGUUUGGAGUGCGGGAAAUAUUACAUAUGGAAAGGAGACCUCAUAAGACACCAGAGAAAACACACAGGUGAGCGUCCUUUCUCAUGCUCAGACUGCGGGAAGUGUUUCACUCAGAAAGGAGAUCUUCAUAGGCACCAAAGAACUCACACCGGUGAACGUCCGUUUUUGUGUUCAGAGUGCGGGAAACGUUUCCCUCAGAAAGCAGGUCUUCUGAGACACCAGAAAUGUCACUCGGGCGAGCUCCCUUUUUCAUGUGAGGUGUGCGGAAAAUGUUUUAUGCUCAAGGCUGGUCUCAUGCGCCACGAGAGGAUUCACACCGGAGUGCGGCCAUUUUCCUGUCCACAGUGCGGGAAGUGUUUCCGUCAGAAAGCACACCUCCUUAAACACGAGAGGAGUCAGACGUGUGGACCUGUUUUUCUUUAG